CAGCACACACACUCACACACACACGCUGCAACGGUGUCCAGAUAACACAGGAAACACACAGGUCGACACACAGUACAAUCUACCUGAGCAUAAACAUGGACUGCUGACACAGUGAGACUAAAGUGGGGGCAACAUCUGAAAAAGGCUCGAGCUGACACAGGUGUUUUCACUCUCACCUCGUUACACCUGGUCCUGGUAACCUCCUCUGUGCAUGACCACAGUGUUGUGGCAACCAAUUGAGGAAAUAUUAAACACAGUGGGGGAGAUAAUCUAAUACAGAUUACCAAAAUCCCCCGACUCCUGUCCAGUUAUAUUUUGGUGCAGGUUGUGGCAACACUAAACGGGUGAGGCGGUGAAGACAAGAGUUGAUAAAAGGGCUUCAGAGUCGGGACAGUAAAGAGAGAUUUGCAUCCAGAUUUAUUCUCUUCGUCCAACUUCAUCAUCCUCCAUCAUGGCUCUCAGGCGGACGGUCAUGUUCCUGCUGCUGGUGGUCCUCUCCCUGCCAGGUCUCAUCCACAGCUUCCAGCCGCUGUUCUCAUUUGACGGGAGCUCCAUCACUCACCGUGACAUCACGCAAAGGGCGGUCCUCAGGAAGACAGCUGAGGUCUGCCGAGACAUUGCUGUGUCCGAGGGACGAGACUUCAGCCUGACUAUUGAUGACAGCCUGUCAGCUGUCCAGGUGCAAAGGGCCUGCUCCUCCACAGGCACCUCCUCUUCUCUCCUCUCGACUGUCAUCUUCCAAACAUCCAUUACCAAAAUGUACUUCAGCAACGCAAAAGUGGACGUGGUUUUUGCGCUGAGUGAGGAGCAUCACUUUGAUGACGAGACCUUCCAGGGAGGACGAGAUGUCAUCACAACAGGUGUGUCUGCGGUGAAGGCCAGCGUGAAGCUGGAGAACUUUGUCGCAGGGAGGUGGACCCUCGGACGAGUGUGUCACACCUUACAGGACUUCUACAGCCACAGUAACUGGGUGGAGCUGGGGAACACCGCUCCUUACAGCACUCUGAUCAGACCAGACCAACCUCUCGAGAACUUGGCAGGCCCGAGUACUCCUACUUGUAGAAACUGCACAGGAGGGAACUGUGAUGACAACCUUCUGCCUGAGCUGCUGCAGCAGUCGCUUCUCACGUCAGGCUACUUCAACGUCUUCUCUUCAGCGAAACCUGCAGGUAAAUGUAGCCACGGUGGAUCAUUUGAUCGUACGAGCAGGCAGGACCCAGUAGGGGGCAUCAGUAAAGACGACAUUGGGUCCAGUCAUGGCUCACUUCACCUCAAAGCAGCAGAUUUGGCUGUGAACGCCACUAUGGAGCUGCUGGAGGACGUGAGACUAUCUGUGGGAGACAAGAACUUCUUGCGAUUGAUGGGCCUCUCCCAGUCCUCUGUGCUCUGUUUUGUCAUUGACACCACAGGCAGUAUGAGCGAUGACAUAGCUGAAGCCAAGAGAGUUUCCUUCGACAUCAUCGACAGAAAGAGGGGAACCCAGCAAGAGCCCUCCGCAUACAUAUUGGUCCCUUUCAACGACCCAGGUUUCGGACCUUUGCUUGUGACCACCGAUGCGGACAUCUUCAAAGACAGCAUCAACAAGCUCUCUGCAAGUGGAGGAGGAGACAUCCCAGAGCUGUGCCUGUCUGGCCUGCAGCUUGCCUUGACUGCUGCUCCACCCUCCUCUGAGAUCUUUGUCUUCACUGACGCUCCAGCUAAAGAUGCUCACCUGAAAAGCACCGUCACCGCCCUUAUAGAGAGCACCAAGUCUGCCGUAAAUUUCAUGCUGACGGAUGUCCUGGCAAGUCGACGGCGCCGCAGAAGCCUUCAGGGUCCUGUUUCACGUUCAAUGAGCCAGUCAGAUGCCCAACUGUACCGUGACCUCGCCCGCGCCUCUGGAGGUCAGGCCAUUGAGGUCACCAAGUCAGACCUCUCUCUGGCCACAACUGUCAUAGAGGACUCAUCAGCUGGUGCAGUGGUGACAGUUUUUCAGGUCGUGAGGAAUCCUGGAAGGCCUGAUAAUUUUACAUUUACUGUUGACGGUUCUAUAAGGAACAUGACUGCCUACGUCACGGGAGACUCGUCUCUGACCUUCAGUCUUACCAGCUCCACAGGUGUAUCUCAGAGCUCCAGUCAGUCCAGUGGACCUCUGGCCUCCUUCACCACAGUGGGAAACCUGCGUCGUUUAAGCCUCAACACCGACAACCAAACAGGAUCGUGGGAAAUCACUGUUGACUCUAAUAAGCCCUACUCUGUUAAGGUCACAGGUCAAAGCUCAGUGAACUUCAUUUUCAAUCUUGUGGAAGCUCAUGAAGGAGCCCACGGGGACUUCAGUCUAAAGGAGGGACGUCCUCUUUCAGGUGGUAAUACAAGUCUCUUGGUCUCUGUGACAGGAAGUGACACAGUAAAGGUCACAGAGGUCACUCUGUUUGACAGCUCAGGGCCAACAGAGGUCAACGGAUCACUGCAGUCACUGGGCAGUGGCAACUUCCUGGUGACUUUCAGUGGAGUCCCUGCAGGUGACUUUGUGGUUCGCCUCAGAGGAGAGGACAGCAGCUCCACCUCCAGGUCAACAACGAGCACCUUCCAGAGACAGGCCUCCACGCAGAUCAAGACCUCAAGCAUUUCUGUUACUGUGAGCGCCCCGCUUCGCAUAAUUUAUACCAAGCAGCUAGUUUGGCACGCCCAAGUCAACAACACCGACGUGGAACCAGGCUCCACCAUUUCCGUCCCUUUCACAGUCGCCACAGCCACAAACGGUGUUGUGAACGACUCUGCGACUGGGACGUUCACGGUGCGAGCCAACAAUGACCGCAGCUAUGCUUUAACUACACCCAGCACCGUCGCCAUAGCAGCGGGCGAUGGAGGCACAGCCAAUGGCACUGUGACCUUAACCGUGCCAACCAGUGCUGCAUCAGGAACAGACGUGACCCUUACCAUUGAGGCGGAAAACACAGCUGCCACUGAUGUCAACUAUGCUGUCCUCAGGUUUUCUGUGGCUCCAAAGGUGACAGAUAUCGACCGUCCAGUGUGCCAGGAAGUUAGUUCAUCAUCCAACUGCCCCUCCUCUUCAUCACUCUGCGCUUCCUCUCAGUGGGAGUUCAUCGCUAAUUUCACUGAUGGUGUCAACGGAACCGGUAUAGAGAGCGUCACCAUUCGCCAAGGGAACGGUACCCUCAACACCACUACAGUGGCUGGAGCAGGGGGCGAGAACAUCACAGUGGCCACCUACAGCGCCUCCUGCUGUUCACAGAAUGUAGAGCUGACUGCUGUGGACAAAGUAGGAAAUGUGGGGACGUGUGUGGGACAGGUCAAACAAUCCAGCACAGCUGCCCCCGUGAUCACAGCCGCAGUUAACACAACAUCCACCGGAGGGCUCACUUUGAGCAUGUCACAGAGUCUAUGGAUCUGUGCUGCGGUUUCUCUGCUUUGGUAUUAAAAGGGAUACAUGUAAAUUACAGAGUGAAUUGGAAUUGUAUUUGCUUUAGGUGUGUUUGAAUUUCAUUUACAUCUAUCUCUUUAAUUUCUUGAUGCAGAAAAGUAUAUGUUUAAAAUGUAGUUACUUUAGAUUUCUGGUGUGUGGAUUGGUUGCAGCCAUCACAGCAUGGAGAGAGCGGUAAGGCUGAUGUCAGAGUGACAGCAAAGUUGAAAAUCCUCCAGCCUCUCUUACGAAUAAUGCUAAAUAUUAUUCCACAAGUAGUUUUAAGGUUUCAGUAGAUACUCUUUCAUUACCUUUUAUAUCUUGGUGGCAAAUUUGUGAAACACUGUUGUAUUAACGGGAUAGUCAGGUAAGAUUAAGUGUGUGUUUUGAUGGUGAACAAUAAAAUUAACUCUAAAUUCUGCC